AUGCCCCGCGAUGGCGAUUGCGCGGACACCACAGCGGAUGGCGAAGGCGAACGGGAGAGGAUGAACCCGUCUAAGCGCAGGAAAUGCGACGUCGUCGAAGCUUCCGGCGUUUCGCUGCGCGAUGCUAAAGCGUCGUCGGUCCCAGCCACGUCGGGUAACACAGCGUCGGCGAAUAACACGCCGACAACUUCGCAGGAUAAGCGGCGGGCGAAGACUCCGCAAACGGAGGAGGAGUACUCAGAUGGUUCCACUGAUGAAGAACCUGACGAAGCACCUGACGAAGCUCCUGAAAAUGACGUGUCGAAAACGCAGAAUGGAGAGAAUCAGGCAGACAGCGCGCCUGGAAAAGCACCUGAAAAGGCACGUGGAAAGACGCCUGAAAAGAACGCCUCGGCGCCGCAGCCCAAGGAUAAGGAUAAGGGGAAGAACAGAGGGUACCUGGGAGUCAGGCAGCGAGCUUCUGGCCGUUGGAUCGCGGAGAUUAAAGACACGAACCACAAGAUCCGCAAGUGGCUCGGAACGUUCGACACGGCGGAAGAAGCCGCCCGAGCCUACGACGAGGCUGCGCGGCAGAUCCGGGGAGCCACCACCCGAACCAACUUCACCACGCCGGACUCUCCCACUGGGGGAAAGGGCGGCGGCGCGCUCAAGGGUUCGCAAGCGUCGGGAAACAGCAGUCUGCCGCCCAUUCCGUGCUCCAUCGUGGCGGACCCGACAACCUCGAGGAAAACCCUAGACGAUGUCCUUCGGUCGCUACCUCCCCCGCGCAAAGCUGGCUCGCUGCAAAAGUUCCCCCCUGCGCCUCCGCUGCCCCCUUCCGCCGUUGCCGCCGCUCUUUCCGCGACCGGAUCCGCGGGGUCGGCACUAGCCUUCCCCCUGAUACAGCCCCCUACGCGCCAGGGCUCUGCUAGUAUUAUCUCCUCCCCUAGCCCCUUCCCUACUUCGAGCUCUGUGGGAAACGUGGCUUCGGUUAUUCUUAACGGUCCUGUUGCCGCCCUGCUGUCGAGUUUCGAGUCGCAGCAGCAGCAACAGCAGUUGCAGCAGCAGUACGAGGCGCUUCAGCACGAACAGGAGCAGCUGCAGGUGCGGAAAGGGCAGCUGCAGCAGCUGAUGCAGCAGCACUCGCAGGGGCAGCUGCAGGGGCAGUCGCAGGCGCAGUCACAGGGGCAGGGGCAGUCGCAGGGGCCGUCGCAGCAGCAGGGAUCGUUGACUACGGCGUUGAGUCCUAGUGAUGCUCUGGCAGCAGCAGCAGCCCGGUUUCUCUCCGUGGCCUCUGCGGCCCGAGCAUCCACCCCCCCUCCUGACGCUGAAACUGCUGUUGCCCUCUCUCUCGCCCUUGCCGCCGCCGCUGCUCCCAACACUGCUUUACCAAACACGACUGCUUCUAAUGCAGCUGAUGGCACCGGCCUCAUUAGAAGCCCGAUUGCUGCGGCUAUAGGGCAGACCAAAGCGUUCGUAAACGCGUUGACCCCUUCACCUCCUCCUUCCAUCCUCACCUCAAGCGUCGCACAAGGAAUGCGCCCCCUUUCCCCAGCACCAGCAGCAGCAGCAGCAGCAGCUCCCUCCAGCAAUGCGCUACCUUUCCCCAACAUCACCCUCCCCUCGCCAGGCAAUUUCCGCCGCCCCUCCGUGCUUCCGCUCUUCCCCCGCGCCUCGUCUGUGGGCAGCAGCGCGCAUGAGUCCGCCUCUAGCGGCUUCCCCGUCCCCCUUCCACGCUCCCCAUCCAUAAAAAAGCCCCUGCCCCAGAACCCCCUUCCCCAGAGCAACCUUUCCCAGAACACCCUUCCCCAGAACCCCCUGACCCAGCAAUCCAGUGUAGUGUCGGCCCAGGCUGUUGAAUUUGCAGUCGCAGCAGCUGCAGCCGCCGCAGCGAGUGCAGAUGGUGCAGGUACAAGUGGGGCAGGGCGGGCUGGGGUAGGUUCAACUGGUGCAGCUGCUGGCGGGGGAGGCGGUGGGCUUGGGCAGUAUCUCGGGCAGCAGCAGCAGCAGCAACAACAGCAGCAGCAGCAGCAAACGCAGAAGCAACAGCAGCAGCAGCAGCAGCAGCAGCAGCAGGUAGGGACCAACCCCCUCUUCCCCAUGUUUCCCUCUUCCGGGUCUAUCUCUUCCCCUGCGCGCACCUCAUGGGCGCAAGGGGUGCUCGCGGGGGCGUUGACGGCGCAGCAGCAGGCGCAGGUGCAGCAGGAGAUGCAGCGGCUGGAAGCAGGGCACAGGGGGGGUGCAACCGGUGCAGGGAUGGCUUUUGGUGGCGUAGGUGGCGCUGGCGGGUCACAUGGUGGGGGUGCUGGUUCAGGUGGUGGGGUUGCUGCGUCAGGUGGUGGGGUGGCGGCCCCAGGUGGUGGAAACAAGAAGACACUGAACGAUGUUGAGCUCUUGCUUCUACGCGCACUGUUCAAUGCUUCCCAGAUGCCAAACGCUCAGCAGCAGCAGCAGCAGCAGCAGCUACAAGAGCAACAGCAGCAGCAACAACGACAACAAGAGCAACAGCAGCAUCAGCAGCAGCAGCAGCAGCAGCAGCAGCAGCAGCAGCAGCAGCAGCAGCAGCAGCAGCAGCAGCAGCAGCAGCAGCAGCAGCAGCAGCAGCAGCAGCAGCAGCAGCAGGCACAACAGAAGCAGCAGCAGCAGCAGCAGCAGCAACAGCAGGCACUACAGCAGCAGCAGCAACAAGAUCAGCGGCGGCGUCUAGCACAGUUGUUGCUGCAGCAGCCAGGGCAAGCGGACAGGCCGACAGGCACAGGUGGGACUGGUGCAGGCGCAUCUGCUAUCAACCCUAGCAGCACGGUUGAUAUCACCAGCACCCGCAAUGUGAGCAACACUCACACCCGCACCCUCACCCACGUCCACACCAAUAACGACGACACCGUCACCAGCAGCGCACACAAGCACACCAGCAACACAGGCAACACCCACACGCAGACACAGACGCAGACACAGACGCACACAAGAAACACGAGCAACUCCAACACUCAAACGCAAACGCACACGCACACAAGAAACACGAGCACCGCCAACACCAACACCAACACCCUCACGAACACCAGAAACACGAGCACCGUCAACACCAACACCAACACCCUCACGAACACCAGAAACACAAGCACCGCCAACACCAACACCAACACCCUUACACACACGCACACGAGCGGCAGCAACGAGAGCACCGCCCUUCAAUCCAUCUCCAUCCGCGCCCUGGCGUCCGCCAUUGCAGCGUGGGGCAAGCAGUACGGCGUGAACGGGGAGGUGCAGGUGAAGCUGGGGGAGGGUGGAUCCGGGGCAGGCGGCUCUGUGACCAUCCAUGGGUUGGCUGGCGGGCAGGCCGAGGGCACAGCUUCAGGAGAGGCAGAUAAGGCGGGAUCCAGGGCUGGGGAGAAGGGGGAUGGAGGAGGCAAGGGAGUGGGAGGAGUGGGAGGAGGGGGAGGAGGCAAGGGAGUGGGAGGAGGGGAGGGAGGGGAGGGAGGGAGAGGAGGGGGGAGUGGUGGUGGCAAGGGCGGUGGAGGAGGUGGGGAGGGAGGGAAGAAGCCGCCAGUGAUUCAGAUUCUGCCGGGCGGGGUGCGUGUGUCUGGGGACGUGUUUCUGGAGUUCUCUCAAAUGGACUCUGCUGAGCUCUUUGGUGACCUCGCUGCCCUCUCUUCCGCCCGCCCCACAACCCCGGCCACCCCUGCCACCCCAACCACUGCUGCUGCCCCUGCUAAAACCCCUGCUAAAACCCCUCCCUUUGUUCCCGCCCCCGCCCCCGCCCCCGCCCCCGCUGCCCCCGCUGCUGCACCCGUCCCUAUUUCUGUGACCCCUGCUCCUGAUGCAAGCGAUGCAGCAGCACACACCCCUGCAACCCAAGCAGCAGCAGAGGCUAUUUAUGGUUCAACUGAGGCUCAUGCUGCUAGGCUAGCAGGUCCCUCCAAUCAGCUCAGCACUGACGCUGCUGCCUCCGCUGCAGCUGCUGCUGCAGCUGCCUCUGCUGCUGCAGCUGCCUCUGCUGCUGCAGCUGCUUCUGGUGCCACCUCCCCAGCAGGAACAGGGAGAAGCGGGUGGGGGGCGUAUAGCCUCAACCAGUCUCCAGGCCUCAGUGUGUACCUCUCAGGUUCGGCGACUCCAGGCUCGGGCACUCCAGGCCCGGGAACCCCGGGCCUGUCCCGCAGCUUCUCCGAUAACCCGCUGCUUCGGUUUGCCCGGCUUGACUCCUCUGACCUGUUUGGCUACUCCCCUAGUGCCAAUAUGGCUAGCCCUGGCGGUUUAGGUUCGGGUGGGGGCAGUGCUGCUGCUGUAGUGGGGGAAACGGCUGAUCUGAAGGGUGAUUCGGCAGCGGCUGUGGCUGCUGCUGGUGCUGCAGAAGCAGCAGAAGUAGACGAAACUGGUCAAUUGGGCGGUGGUGAUAAGGGUUGGCAGGAGACCAUGGGCAAGGGCGAGAAUGCUGGUAAUGGCAACGGCACAGGCACUGGCAACAGCAGCCUGAUGCCUGUGAAAUGGGGCACGUUCAAGUCCCCUCCUGUGCGACCACCUGCUACCAUGGCAGCUGCAGCAGCAGCAGCAGCAGCAGUGAGGAGUGGGGAUGCAUACGGGGUGCAACCCUCGCCAGCUACUCGUUUCAAGGCUGGACUGAGUGACAUGAGCACGCCAGAAGGUCGCCAGGGAGCGGGAACAGAGCUCUCCCUCUCUCCGUCUUCCUGCAAGCCCAAACCUCCCCGCCCUCCCCUCUUCGCUUCACCGCCUGCCUCCAGCCUCCCCUCCCGUGUCUCUCUCCCCAUUCCUCCCGCUUCCUCCAUCUUUCUUCCUUUGUCUCUCUUCUUCCUUCGCUCUCCCUCCCUCCAUCUCUCUCCCUUUUCCUCCCUCUCUUUCCUGCCUGUCCUCCCUUCCUCUCCCCUCACCCCUUUCCUCUUCCCUCGUUGUCUAUCUCUUGACCUUCCUCUCCUUCGUCCCCCUGUCUUUUCCCUCUUUCCUCGUAUCAUUUUCCUCCUCCCCGUUAUUCUCUCAUGGGGUCGCUGGGAGUUGAAGCGAGCAACAGCGUCGGUGCUGCCACCAGCCACAGACGCAGCAGGCGACCUGCUGCUGGCUCCUGAGGCUCUUCCAGAUUCAUUCCCUAAUCCCCCUUCCUCUAUUCUUCUCUCUCCCACUCUCCAGGAUGAUGAUGGUGGUAGUGAUUCGGAUGGUUGUGAGGAUGGGGACGAUGCUGCUGCUGCUGCCGACCCCCGUCACUUCUUCCCCAAGCAAUCAUCUCUGGUAGACGAUUGGGUCAAUGCCAGCAGCAACCCUCGCAGCAACAGUGACGCAGCAGGGACAGCAGCAGGCGCAUCUGCUGACGCUGCUGAUGCUGAUGCUGCUGCUGCUGCUGCCGGCCCCCGUCACUUCUUUCCCAAGCAGUCAUCCCUGGACCAUUGGGUCAUUCCCUCCGGGCCCCUGCCCUUCCCCAUGGGGAGCCCCAGCCUCAACCUCCAGUUCACCAUGGGCAACGGCAACGUCCCUUUCAACAUAGGCAGUCCCUCAGUCGCCGCCUAUCUCAGCAGCCCUUCCUUCGCCGCCUCCCUCGCCGCCUCUCUCCUGCACAACCCUGCCGACGCCUUCAGCCGCCAGAGCUCCGGGGAGCUGUUCGGCCGGCAGAAUUCGGCAGAUCUGUUCGGGCGGCAGAACUCGGCCGACCUCUUCGGGCGGCAGAACUCGACGGAUCUGUUCGGAGAGUCGCUCACGCCGUCCGCGCUCGCAGCCGCAGCAGCCAGGCUGGCUCGCCUCAGCUCUGCCGAGCUGCUUCAUCUUGCAGACUCGCCACUCAACGCCUCGCCUCUCCCUUCCAUUUCCACCACCACCCCGCCGGUCUUUGGCAGUGGUUACUCUGGUGGUGGCAGCGAUGGCAGCGAUGGCAUGGGUGCUGCUGCUGGUGCAAGGGCAAUAGCGGCGGCAGCAGCAGGAGGAGGAGGAGGAGGAGGAGCGGGGGGAGUAGCGGGAGUAACGGGAGCGGUGGGUGCUUUGUCUGCUGAUGAGAGUGCGACAGCCGCAGCAGGGCUUCACGCGUCAAGAGUAGAUUCCUCUGAGCUGUUCGGCCAGCCCUGGGGAAGGGCUUAUAACGGGAGUGCUGUCACCCCCGCCACUCUCCGCCUGGCUGAACGUCAGUUGUAG